AAAGUUUGUCGCCAUUCUCUUCUGAGCAUGCGCAGUGGUGAAAAUGAACUGUCCUUCAUGUUUCCCUGGGUUACCGACAACAAGUCCGUUAGCCCGGUGAAGCUAACUCUGUCAGUGUGUCCUUUUCUCCCUCCGUUGCAACCACACAGCUAUAUGAAUGACCAACCGGGACUUCAGGACACUGGCUUACACGAAAAGCCCGAAAACAUCGAGAAGGACGACAUUUCAGGAUGAACUUCAGGCUGUUGUCUCUGCAAGAGCAAGCAAAACAAAACCAGAGCAACACUCCUACUCUGAUGACUUCAAUGAAGAUGAGGAUGAUUUCUUGAAGGAACUCCUUGAAUCAAGAAAAAAGCGAGCUGGUGCAUUAAAGGCUGGGAAGAGUAAAGCCAAAAUCAAUGACUUUGACAUUUCCGAUGAUGAAGGUAAACAAAGUAGGACAAAGAGGGUUUCAUUUCUGAAAACCCAAAGAAUCAGCCCUCCCUCGGAAGACACCACGGCUUCAGAGUCACGUGAAAAUGUGCCACCUGACUCUUCCAUCGGUCGAUACAAUGAUUAUAAUACCUCAUUUUCCUCACAUCACUCCACAAAUGUCAGUGAAGAUAACACAAACUUUAAAAGCAGCGAUGGGGAGUCAAACGAUCCUCAAAUCACAAGAGAGAGCACGAGUCAGUCUCUGUCAUUCCAAACUUCAGAGGAUACCCUCCUGGACAUGCCUUUACCUUUACCGUCUGAAAACAGCAUGACGGAAACUCCAGGUCCUGAAGAGAAAAGCAACUCUGCUCUGGAGGAAAGCUCCCAGACUCCACAGUUAUCAGCAGCUGACCUCAAACACAUGUCCUCAGCAGAUAGUGCUACGGAGAGGGAGCCACCCAGGCCUAAACCGAGGCAAAGGACUCUUGGAUUGAGCCUUCAUGCUGCAGAGAAGAUAGCUGAAGAUGCUGAAUCUCAGGAUCUCAGCAGGCCUCACACUUCCUCUGUAUCCAUUCCCCUCUCCACUGACACGUCGAGCAACAUCGCAUGGACAGACAGAGAUCCUACAGUUUCAUGCAGCCUCAGCAAAUCCUCUUCAAACAAGAGCGAACAGUCGCAGCUCUUCACCAAGUCUACGUUUGAUUCUGAAUCCAGAGAUGGCUUCAUUUCUGAUGAGCAGGAGAGACCGUACUCUACAUCAUUUGAAGAGUUUAAUGACACAGGAGAUCACUCAGAUCAGCUAUCUUGUGUCCAUGACAAAUCAUUUGAUACCAGGUCAUCAAGUUCUCACUCAAAGACCACUCAGAGAUCUCAGAGUGCAUGCUCCAGGAAAGUGGAGUCAAAGUAUUUGGGCUCUCUCAAAGUUCUGGAUCGUAAAAUCUCAGAGUCUCAGCCACAAGCAGCAGAUUCACUCCGAGCUGCCAUUUACCAGGAAUGGCUUCAAAAGAAAAAAGAAAAGUCAAAACAGAACAUGGAACUGAAGAAGAAGGAGGAAAUGCUGAAUGAAAAGAAGAAAAGGGAACAAGAAGCUAAAAAGGAAGAUGCUGUUGCAUCAUAUGAGGCCUGGAAAGAAAAGAAAGCCGAGGCUCUCAAAGUGAGAGCCAAAGAAAAGCAAGACAAGAUCAGAAAAGAGCAAAGAGCAACUGAAGAGAAAGAAGAAAAAAAGCAAUUAGCUCAACAGAUGUUUGAAAAAUGGAAACGUGAGCAUGACCAUCUACUCAAAGAAAGGUACAGAGAGCGAAAAGAAGCUGAAAGUAAACAAGAGUUACAGAAGCAAGAAAAGGAAGAAGAAAGAAAGAGAGACAGCAAGUCAGCUUUUUCUAACUGGUAUGAAAAGAAGAAAGAUGUUCUUCAUGAAAAAGUAACAACAGAGCACAAAGAUGUCAGAAAUAAAGAAGAGGAGGAGCGAUACAUGAAAGAAGAGAGAGACAAAAUGGCUUUAGAGAUGUAUGAGAACUGGCUGGCACGGAAAGAGCUGGAACAAAUGAGACAAAAAGAAGAAAGGCGAAUAAAAGCAAUACUUCAAGACAGUCCACCUCCGCCAUGGAGCCCUCCUAAUAAAACAAUACCAUUUCGAAAAUAAUUUGGAAAUGUAACAAAGCACUCCAACAGUAUCUGUGGGUUGGAAUUUACAUUUGAAGUUACUUUAUGUGUUUGACAGUUUGUUUGUUUUUUAAAACAUAGCUGAUGAAAGAUGUUUUAUACAUUUAUAUUUUUGUCAGCUUUGUAUUAGCUAGCAGCUUGAAUUAAUAUUUUUAUAUAUUUUAAGGUAAACUUCUGCAGUUUGUAAAAUGUUGCACAUUUUGAAUUACUUGCAAUCACUAAACCUUUUUAUAAGUGUGUUGACUGGCACCGUCAUGUCAUACAUCAGAAUUGUGACUUAGCAAUAAGGAAAUAAUAAUUUUGUUGUAAAAGGCUCACUUAUGAUUAAACUGCUCAUGUUUUUGUUAAACUGCUGUAAA